GCCUGCUCUUAUUAAAGUAACAACUUCUCCCUCUUGUUCCGCAUCAGUAUCAGUCAAGAUUCUUCAUUCCAACACCUCACACAUCCUCUCCCCAGAAACUUCAGGCCAGUCUCACUUCGUCUCACUCUCACACGAGAUCGAUCGCUUUCGUUGUCACAUAUUACUACUCCGAUUCAAUCAAUCAAAAUCGUCAAGAUGAAGUCUUCUCUCCUCACCGUUUUCGGCCUUGUUGCUGCCGCCGCUGCUCAGAGCUCCGGCGACCUCCCCCAGUGUGGUCAAACUUGUGCUGGCAACAUGGUUAGCGCUGCCAAGUCCAAGGAGCUUGGAUGUGACGCUGGUGAUGUUAGCUGCCUGUGCACCAACCAGGACUUCAUCUACGGUCUCCGUGACUGCUCCGCUGCUAUCUGCAACUCUGAGCAGGCCGCUGCUGUUGUCGCCUACGGCCUUGCGCUCUGCCGCCAAGCUGGUGUUCAGAUUACUACUGGUAGUGCUGGCUCCGUCUCGGCCUCUGCUACUGGCACUGGUGCCGUCCGAACUGUCCUGAGCACCCUUGUUGAGAGUGACACUACUAUCACCUCCGCCGUUUCCACCAUUAGCGGCACUGCCACUGGCGGCAACGAGGAUGACCUCUCUGUCAGCACCUACACUAGUGUUUUCACCAACUCUGCAGGUGAUGAGGUUACCAGCACCAUCAAGGAGAUCCUCGGCGGUGUCGCCCUGACCACCUACACCUCUGGUGGAUCCACCAUCAUUGAGCCUAUCGAGACUGCUUCUGCCUCUGCCUCUGCUUCCGCUUCUGACGAGACCGAGUCCGCUCAGGUCACUACCUUCACCACCGACGGCACUGCUGUUGUUCGAACUCUGACCACCGUUACCACCGGUUCUGAGACCGACUCUGCUGACACUGCUGAGGUCACCACAUUCACCACUGAUGGCACCGAGGUCGUCCGAACUCUGACCACCGUUACUACCGGUUCUGAGUCCGAGUCUGGAUCUGUUUCGGAGACUGUUACUGACGCCUCCACCGUCACCGAGGGCUCUGGCACUGCUACUGGCACUGAGGCCUCCGCCAGCGCUUCUUCUACCGAAACUGACAACGCUGCUGUUGCUCAGAUGACUGGUGCCCCUAUGGGCGUCAUCGCCGCUGCUGGUCUCGCUAUGCUCCUCCUCUAAAUCAAGGAUGGAUUCGAUUUUGACGUUUAAUGCUUUUUACGUUGCACAUGUUUGUUACAUAAUUCACGCCUGUACCUCGAUCUUUUGGGACCCUUAGCAUAUUUCCUCGGUGCAAGGAGUCGGUUUGCGGAAGAAUCUUCACAUUAUGGAGAAAUGGAAACGAGGUGAAUGGACAUGACAGGGCAGGUUUUUCGAGGCUUUAAUGACGCAUACGGCUUAUCUCUCCUUUAAUGGACACGACAAGAAAUGUUAGAACGGAUGGGAUUUUGAUGUUGUUUGUGAGGCGAGGAGGUGGCGUGACAUGAGACGACGACGGGAGAUGGCAUGCUCGUGCUGCCGUCACACAAGGCCUGUGUUGUCUUUCAUGGUUACAUGGGUUCUGGGAUGGUGGUGAUACCCGGGCCGACGGCCUGACUUCGGGGGUGGACUUUGCUUCUCGCAUUCAUUGAGAAUUAGUAAUAGAUAAUCUUCUUCACGACUA